AUGAAGAAGAAAGUUGAGUUUGAGUUGGAGAGACUCACAAAGCAAGGUAUAAUUGAACCAGUAAAGUUUGCGGAAUGGGCCGCACCAAUUGUUCCAGUAUUAAAGCCAGAUGGUACUGUACGCAUCUGUGUUGACUAUAAGUUAACAGUGAACCAAGUCUCGAAGCUGGAGCAGUAUCCCUUGCCAAAGGUGGAGGAUGUGUUUGACAAGCUGUCGGGAGGUGAAAGGUUUAGUAAACUGGACCUCAGUCAGGCAUAUCAACAAGUAGUGCUGGAAGAAGGGUCAAAGGCGUAUGUUACCCUGAACACACACAAAGGUUUGUUCCAAGUCAAUCGUUUACCUUUUGGGGUUUCCUCGAGUCCAGCUAUUUUUCAGAGACUAAUGGAGGGACUGGUGGCAGGAAUUCCGAAGGUGGCUGUGUGUUUAGACGAUAUCCUGUUGACGGGUAGGAACAUUCGAGAGCAUCUGGAGACGCUGAAUGAGGUGCUGAGUCGACUGCGGGAGGCAGGUCUAAGGGUGAAGCAGAGUAAAUGUGCUUUCAUGGCAAAGGAAGCAGAGUUCCUAGGCUACAAGGUGGAUGCAUCAGGCCUACACCCCCUGCCAAAUAAAGUGGAAGCCAUUCAACAGGCACCAGCACCCACAAAUGUUACAGAACUGAAAGCCUAUUUAGGCUUACUCAACUAUUAUAACAGGUUCCUGCCAAAUCUGUCAACACUGUUAGCUCCUUUACAUAAGCUAUUAAGGAAGGAGGCUCAGUGGUCGUGGCAAGAGGAACAGGACAGAGCGUUUGAACAGUCAAAGGAACUAAUGCAGUCUUCAGAGGUUUUGGUGCACUACGAUAGUCACAAAGACUUAAUUUUGUCAUGUGAUGCCUCACCUUAUGGGUUAGGGGCUGUGUUGGCACACCGGAUGCCAGAUGGACAAGAGAGACCCAUUGGGUUCAUGUCACGGACUUUGACACCAGCGGAGUCAAACUAUUCCCAGUUAGAUAAAGAGGGUUUGGCUGUAAUGUUUGGAAUCAAGCGAUUUCACAAAUACCUCUAUGGGAGGAAGUUUACUAUUUGCACUGAUCAUAAGCCUUUGUUGUCACUGUUCAACGAGAUGAAAGCCGUGCUGCAGAUGGUUUCUCCCCGCAUUCAGAGAUGGGCUGUAACAUUGAGAGCUUAUGAAUACGAGAUUGUUUAUAAGCCCGGGAAACACCAUAGUAAUGCGGAUGCACUAAGUCGUCUGCCGAUACCAGGGCAUCUUCAAGAACAGGAAGCGGAGGACCGAGUUUUGAUGAUGGAGGACAUCAUGUUGGUGUCUGCCAGGGAAGUGACUGGAUGGACACGUAAAGACCUGGUGCUUGCUAGAGUGUUUCAAUGGGUCCAGCAAGGCUGGCCAGUCCAACAAACGGAUCCAGUUUUUCGGCCUUAUGAGGUGAGGAAAACAGAGCUGAGUGUGCAAGAUGGAUGCGUAUUGUGGGGGGCACGAGUGAUAAUUCCGUCCCCAGGAAGACGGGCACUUUUACAGCAGUUGCACCAAGGUCAUGUGGGCAUUACACGAAUGAAGGCCUUAGCCCGAAGUUAUUUUUGGUGGCCCAAGUUGGACCACGAUAUUGAAGUCGUUGUGAAUGAGUGUAAAACAUGUCAACAACAUCGCAACUUGCCUGUGGCGGCGCCACUACAUCCAUGGGAGUGGCCGAGUAGACCUUGGCAGAGACUUCAUAUAGAUUAUGCAGGACCAUUUAUGGGGGCCAUGUUUUUGAUAAUCAUGGAUGCUCAUUCUAAAUGGAUGGAUGCCUAUCAAGUCAAGACACCCACUUCCCUCAUUACCAUUGAAUGCUUAAGGAAGAGUUUCAGCAUACAAACAUUUGACAGAGAAAUACACAGAUCAAUGUGGGGUGAGUGCAUAGUCAAUAUUUGUGCUGGUAGCUGGAGUGCUGCAAUGAGGUCAUACACGGAUCAGCAUAAUGUGGGCAGCAGUCAGUGGCAUGGAGGUGAUGGAUUCUGUUUGGCUAUUUAUGCCGCCCACUGGAGUGCUGCACCAGGAGGUGGAGGAAUGGAAUUUGAGUGGCUGUUGAUUGGUGAUCAAAUGAUCACUCAGUAUGAACAGCAGUUACUGGCAAUUAAGAGGAAGAAAAUCUGUAGGGAUAUGCAUGAUUUUUCUUCAGGUAGAGUGUUUUCAUGGCUGAAGAAUAACAUAACUGUAGAAAAUGCUAAUCUACCUGAGAACAAUGUUGCCGUUUUAACAAAUGACAGGAUUGGCGCUUUAAGAACUGAAAUCAUAAAAGCAGCACCUAAUCAGGAAGUCCCAGUGAUGUCAUCAAUUGUUACCAACACCAGCAAGGAAGCAGUGCAGACUACUGAGCCUAAUGGGGGUGCACACAGUAAGAACGGCAUGGUUAUAACAAAAUUAAACUCUUCUUCUUCUGCUACCUUUGCAACAAAAAUAAUGUUUUUAAUUUGCAAAUGGGCCUGCCUUACCCCCAUUAACAGUACAUCUAUUCGGCAGUGCACAUACAGCAUGGGGAAAACAAAAAUGAAAGCUUCUCAGGAGAAUGACAAUGGGAUAACUUUAAAGAAGAUGUGGCAGCAGAGCAACAACCAUUAG